AUGACAGCAUUAGAGAGGCAGGCUUUUGACUUCCUUGGGUACCAGUGGACUCCCAUCAUGGUCAACUUCCUGCACAUAAUCAUGGUUAUCCUCUGCCUCUUUGGCACCAUUCAGUACAGACCACGCUACAUUGCUCUAGUAAGUCACAUCUAGGCCACACUAUUUUUGUGUUAAUCUGCCCCAGGCUAUCAUACAAUGGAUAAUGUUGUGUUUUUGUCUAAGACAAAUAAAAGCAAUUUUCAGUCCUCACUGAAAUAUUACUGUUAAUUCAUAAUCCAAUGUACAAGAGCUGUAAGGGAUCACCUGUAAUGUAAGAAUGUUUAUGUGCUGUAAAUAUAAAUAUUGACCCCACGUUAUAUUAAAAGUUGAGAAAGUUAUGUAAUUAAAUGGUUAUUACAUAGGCAAGUUUAAAUGCAGUGUACUGUAUUUACUUACAAAUUACACCUUGAAAUCAACAUGGAUAAUUCCAUGAAAUGUGCCUAUUCUUCAUAGAAGAAUGGAACUGUACGUGUGGAAGGCAAAGCCAUUUGUAUAACUAUUGUGGAACAGCAUUGGCCACUGUUACAAUUGUGUCAUGUAUAGAGAUUUGCCUCCAUACAAAUAGAUAGACAUUAUGUGUCUAAAAUGAUCAUCAAAUAUAUUUUAAUCCCUCAGUACCUGCUGUGGACAUUACCUUGGGUGGCGUGGAAUGUCUUUGUGAGCUGUCUCUAUUUGGACCUGGGAGGCCUUUCCAAGGUAUUGGUCACUAAUAUUCAGACCCGCUAUCAAGUAAUAAAUUUGCUUCACCUUGAAUUGUGUAUUAUUUUGGCACUGCAUCAAUCAGUCUUUCUUUUCCCAAACAAUUACAUACCAUAAAUACAUAAACAUGCUUUACAGUUCAGCGUUCAACACCAUAGUGCCCACAAAGCUCAUCACUAAGCUAAGGACCCUGGGACUAAAAACCUCCCUCUGCAACUGGAUCCUGGACUUCCUGACAGCCGCCCCCAGGUGGUAAGGGUAGGCAACAACACAUCUGCCACGCUGAUCCUCAACACGAGGGCCCCUCAGGGGUGCAUGCUUAGUCCCCUCCUGUACUCCAUGUUCACCCACGACUGCGUGGCCAAGCAUGACUCCAACACCAUCAUUAAAGUUUGCUGACGACACAACAGUGGUAGGCCUGAUCACAGACAACGAUGAGACAGCCUAUAGGGAGGAGGUCUGUCACGGUUUCGGCCGAGGCUGCUCCUCCUCCUUGUUUCGGGCAGGCUUCGGCGGUCGUCGUCCCCGGAGUACUAGCUGCCACCGUUCGAUGUUUCAUGUUUGUUUGGUUUUGUCUGUUUGUACACCUGUCCCUUGUUAGUGUUUGAUUUGGUUGCCUAUUUAGUUUUCGUGUGUGGGGGCAGGUGUUAUGUGGUAUUGUUUAUUGUCAAGCUGUUGCUCUUUUGUAUUACUCUCGUGUUUGUUGUUUUCCGAGAGUCCGCACUGUGUGCGCUAUCUUCAUUUUUACGCACUGUGUGUGUUGUGCGUAAUUUGUAUUUUGCCUCCCGGUUGGGUUGGCUGUUCGCCUGUUUGGUGCUGCAUUUUGUUAACUAAAGUCUGUUGACGAACGCCCGUGUUUCCUGCGCUUGAUUUCCUCACCGCAUCUACACUCAGCUACUGACAAGGUCAGAGACCUGGCAGUGUGGUGCCAGGACAACAACCUCUCCCUCAACGUGAGCAAGACAAAGGCGAUGAUCGAGGACUACAGGAAAAGGAGGGCCGAACAUGCCCCCAUUCAUAUCGACGGGGCUGUAGUGGAGCGGGUCGAGAGUUUCAAGUUCCUUGGUGUCCACAUCACCAACAAACUAUCAUGGUCCAAACACACUGCUGCUACUCGCUGUUUAUUAUCUAUGCAUAGUCACUUUACCCCUACCUACAUGUACAAAUUACCUCGGCUAACCUGUACCCCCACACAUUGACUCGGUACCGGUACCCCCUGUAUAUAGCCUCAUUAUUGUUAUUUUAUUGUGUUACUUUUAUUUAAUUUAUAUAUUUAUUUACUUUAGUUUUUCUUAGCUUUAUUUUCUUUCAACUGCAUUGUUGGUUAAGGGCUUGUAAGUAAGCAUUCACGGUAAGGUCUACACCUGUUGUAUUCGGCACAUGUGACAAAUAAAAUGUGAUUUGAACAUGAACAGCCCAUAUGCUGUGUCACUGCAGGAGAGCGACCUGCUAUCCCUGGGUGUAUCCUCACAACGUUCAUGGUGGAAAGACAACGGGCCAGGCUGUGACGACAGGGACCUUCAUGCCACUAGAUGGCAGAGUCUGGAGAGCCCAAAACUCAUCUCUGCUCUGGGAUGCUGGCUGGAAUACCAAUACAUAA